CCAACGCCUCCAUGUCUCUGCUUUGCUAUAACAGAGGCUGUGGGCAACUCUUUGACCCCAAUAACAACCUUCCUGAUUCCUGUUGCCAUCACCCUGGUGUCCCAAUCUUCCAUGAUGCCCUUAAGGGUUGGUCCUGCUGCCGGAAGCGAACUGUAGAUUUUUCUGAAUUCUUAAGCAUCAAGGGUUGUACUAUGGGACCACAUUGUGCUGAGAAGCUCCCUGAGGCCCCACAACCUGAGGGCCCUGCCACAAGCAGUUCACUUCAGGAGCAAAGACUUCUGAAUAUGAAUCCAAAGUCAGCAGAGACUUUGCGCCAGGAGAGGCCCAAGUCAGAGUUGCCUCUGAAGCUGCUGCCACUAAGUAUAUCCCAGGCCCUGGCAAUGGCAUUGGAACAGAAGGAACUAGACCAGGAACCUGGGGCAGGACUUGACAAUAGUCUGUUUCGGACUGAUUCCAGCUGCCAGAACCCAGGAUGUGAUGCUGUUUACCAGGGCCCUGAGAGUGAUGCUACUCCAUGUACCUACCAUCCAGGAGCACCUCAAUUCCAUGAGGGGAUGAAGUCUUGGAGCUGUUGUGGCAUCCAGACCCUAGAUUUUGGGGCAUUCCUGGCACAGCCAGGAUGCAGAGUUGGUAGACAUGACUGGGGAAAGCAGCUGCCAGCAUCUUGCCGCCAUGAUUGGCACCAGACAGAUUCCUUAGUAGUGGUGACUGUAUAUGGCCAGAUUCCACUGCCUGCAUUCAACUGGGUGAAGGCCAAUCAAACUGAGCUUCAUGUCCACAUUGUCUUUGAUGAUAACCGUGUGUUCCAAGCACAGAUGAAGCUCUGGGGGGUCAUAAACGUGGAGCAGAGUUCUGUCUCCUUGAUGCCAUCUCGGGUUGAAAUCACCUUGGUCAAGGCUGACCCGGGAUCCUGGGUGCAGCUGGAGCACCCCAGUGCUCUAGCUGAGAAGGCUAGGACUGGGGUUGGGUUAGAGAUGGAUAAGGAAGAGUCUGAGGAUUCAGAUGAUUUGAGCUGGACAGAGGAGGAAGAGGAGGAAGCUAUGGGGGAAUAGUGACACCAGAUAGCCAAGUGUCUAGAUAGGACCUCAAUGACUUUUGGCACCUCAGAGACCAGUGUAUUGUUGGCCAUGUGGCGUCAUUAAACAGCAGGGGACUGAAGGUGGGGGAAACAAAAGUGUCCAAACCAUGCUUUUUUUUUUCUCUUAAAUAAAUCUUGUAUUCUGCAGAUU